GCUAUUCAUUAAGAGUGCAUCUGGCUCGUAUGUGUAUAAUCAGCUGAAUAUACUAGAGAGUUCAGAAAACAAGGAAAUGACUACUCAAACAGGGGUGGUUUAUCUGCACAUAAAUCCCGACCAAGGCAUCACUGCACCAUAUACACUGGUUAAUGUGGAUGAACGUGGAAACGUUAUCCAGCCUCUAACACAGAAUCCGUUUCGGCAAAAGACCAUCAACGUUGACUUUUUUAUGUGGGUACUGGCUAUAAUAGGAAGCAUUGUAGCAUGUCCUGUAGGCAUAUUCUCGUUAGCCUAUGCAUUUAUGUCCCAAAGUGAGGCUUUUUAUCCCAUGAGAAGAUACUACAGACUUACGGCCAUCCUUGGGGCGUCCUUCGCCAUAUUGUGUUUUGUAAUUACCCUUACAGUGACAUCGGUCAUGGCUGGGUUGUAUAGUAAACUGAGCUAGGUCUUUUUGUGGUAUUGUUUUAUUAUGGCAAUCUCUACCGAUUGUAGUUAAUAUAUGCAUAUUUUGUGAUCAUGAUCAGCAUUUGUGAAGUAUAAUAUAUUAAACCAACUUUUUUGUGAUGAAAAUUAUAAGUCACAAUUCUAGUAGUUCAAUUUUGAUUGAACUAAUUAAAUAAUAUAAUUGCCGUUUUCAAAGGUCAUGGAAAGCGAAGCCCAGGAUUAAAAUCAUUAUAAUGGAAAAUUUUGGAUUUGAAUCAUAGAAAAAUAAAAAAUAAAAAAAUUUAAAUGUAUUGUAUACAAUAAUAACUCAUAAGGGAGUCAUUUUCUGUAAGUAUCCGUUAAUAUUAGACAGUUACUAAUAAAUGACUUGUCUAACCAGACACCCUUAAUAAAGAACACAAGCCCAUGCUUGUAUAUGUAAAACCAUUUAUACAUUGUUCAGAAAUUAAACACAUGUAACAGUUCUUUGUUUUAGGUAUGACAGAACCUAGUAUUCGCCACAGAACAGGGCUCAUGCCCAAAACAUUUUCUGUGUCGUUGGAAACAGCAUCAAAAUUGUUGUACUCAUGUGAAUUUCUAAUAAUUCAACACAUUUGCAUAGUUUCUGUAAAACUGGCUCUGUUGAAGGUUAACAACAUUUUCUGAUAAAAUUUGAUGCUUAUGAAAAUAUCAGUUCUAAUGUUUUUCCAUAAUAUUGAUAUUAAUUUUUCGUAUAUGUUAAAUGUACACACAAGAAAAUGUACUAAGUUUACCUAUAAAGCUUAUUUGAAGAGAAGAAAUAUUAUGUACAAU